AGUCUCAGUAGCGACUUGCUGAGGGAAGUAUAUUGAAUACAAUAUUAUAUAGUAACAUAGGUUGAAAGUACGAUUACAUUACAAUUCGGGUAGUAGUAUCGAUAAAGAAAGUAGACUGUGGCAAGACAUCUUUACAAAUUACAGAGUAAUCGACAAUGGCAGAGGCUCAUCAGGCUGUAGCUUUCAGUUUUACCAUCACACAUGAAGGAGUGAACAUAGACUACGAUAGAGAAGUACUUCAUCUUGUAUGGCAAAGUGGAGUUCGCUCGAUCAAGAAGAGAAUUACCAGAAUUAGGAACAACUUCCAUAAUGGAGUAUACCCAGGAUCCCUCAGAAGCUUUUUUGUUAUUUACGUCAUAGUUGCGUCACUGUAUUUUGCUGGAAUUGACCUUUCCUAUGGAUUAAUUAAUUAUUUCGAGUCGUGGAUACCAGGGGAACAGUUAGCUCCAACAGUUGCUUAUAUUGUUACAUGUGGACUCUACAGCAUAUUAGCAUGGCUUGGUGUGAUCUUGUUACAGAGAUAUGCACUUAAGCUGCUUCUUAUGUAUAAAGGCUGGAUGUUUGAGUUAAGGGGUGGAACAGGAAUGUCCACAAAAUCCAAAGCAUGGCUUCUAUUUGUUAAGCUGCUUGAAGGACAAAAACCAUUGUUGUACAGUUUCCAGUAUUCUCUUCCUUGCUUGCCUCUGCCAUCACUUAAAGACACCAUGCAAAGGUACUUGAUAUCUGUCCAGCCUUUAUGUGAUGAUGAACAGUACGCCAGAAAGGAAAAAUUGGCCAAAGAAUUUCAGAUGACUAUUGGACCAAAGCUUCAAAAGUAUUUGUGGCUCAAGUCUUGGUGGUCCUCUAAUUAUGUAACAGAUUGGUGGGAAGAAUAUGUUUAUCUACGUGGAAGGUCUUCUUUGAUGAUUAACAGCAACUUCUACGGAAUUGAUGCUCUUCUUGUUCAUCCCACCAGAAAUCAAGCUGCUCGAGCAGCUAAUUUAGUCUAUGCAGCACUUCUGUUUCGAAAAGAAAUAAGCAAUCAGACGUUAGAGCCAAUAAUGGUCCAAAAAACUGUGCCUUUAUGCUCUUGGCAGUAUGAAAGAUUAUUUAAUACCACACGUAUUCCAGGCCUUGAGACAGACAGAGUAGUUCAUCUGAACGAUAGCGAACAUAUCUGUGUUUAUCAUAAAGGACGUUAUUUCAAGUUAUCGGUGUAUCACAAAACCAGACUUCUUCGUCCAGUUGAGUUACAGAGGCAACUAGAAAAAAUAAUGCAAGACAACAGCCCACUGCAGCCUGGUGAGGAGAAACUUGGAGCACUGACUGCAACUGAUAGAAUAACUUGGGCCACCACAAGAGAUGAAUAUUUUUCCAAAGGAAUGAACAAGACUUCUCUUCAUAUCAUUGAAAAGGCUGCUUUUUGUUUGGUACUAGAAGAUACAGAUUUUGAAUUUGACCCUAAAGAUCCUAGUAAACUUGAUCGUUUUGGGCAGUUGUUGCUGCAUGGAAAGGGAUACGACAGAUGGUAUGACAAGUCUUUUAAUCUGGUUGUAGCAAGAAAUGGAAGGGUUGGUUUUAAUGGAGAACAUUCAUGGGCUGAUGCUCCAAUCCUGGCUCACCUAUGGGAAUUUUGUCUCGCUAAAGACUUUGUCAGCCUUGGUUACACUAAGGAAGGAAACACUGUAGGGGAACUCACACAUGACCUCCCCAACCCUGCUAGACUUAAAUGGGAUAUUCCUUCCCACUGUGUUGACAUUAUUGAAAGCUGUGCAAUCUCUGCUCGUACUCUUCUUGAGGAUGUUGAUCUUCGACUGUACAUGCAUGAUGCAUACGGGAAAGGUGUUAUAAAGAAGUGUAAAGUCAGCCCUGAUGCUUACAUCCAAAUGGCUCUGCAGUUGGCUUAUUAUAGAGAUGCCAGAAAAUUUAGUUUAACUUAUGAAGCCUCCAUGACACGAUUAUUUAGAGAAGGACGAACAGAAACUGUCAGACCUGUUACCAUGGAGUCAUGUGCUUGGGUAAAGGCAAUGGAAAAUCCAAACUGCUCGGAUCUCAAUACCACAAGCCAGACGCCACAUGGACAAACAAGUCUGUUGGACCUAAAGAAGUACCCAGAUCAUAUCUCUGCUGGUGGAGGUUUUGGACCAGUUGCAGACGAUGGAUAUGGUGUUUCCUACAUCAUUGCAGGGGAGAAUUUAAUAUUUUUCCAUAUUUCCAGCAAACGAUCUUCUCCAGAAACAGACUCCCAACGGUUUUCUCGACAGAUAGAAAAAGCCAUGGCAGAUAUGAAAGGUCUCAUCGAUUGUCAGUAGUGAAGUUUUUUUCUAACUAAAGUAUGAAAUUUGAAUAUUUUUUUUCUAGAUAAUGGAGUCUAAGAAUCUUGGAAUAUGACAGUCAAGUAUUAAAAAAAAUCUGAAAAAAAUGGUUAUUUUGUUAUGAGGAAAACUACAUUGUUGUCUUUUUAGGAAAUUUUAUCAAAGAAAAUUUGUUAGAAGGAGCUUCUGAAUACUACUCCAUUUUUGUGUGUGUCUUGAAUUGUAUAAUAUGAGCAGUACUUUGAAAAUUUUUGAUUGAUAUUUUGUGUUCAUUGUAAAGUUUUAGAUUUAAGAUAGAUUGAAUUAUAUAUAUUUGACUGUAAAGUGGAUUGUGGAUAUUUUUUGAUUUUGCAGUUUACGGCAGUUUAGAAUAUUUUAAGCCCAUCUAUUUGAUUUGAAGUUUUAAACUUAUAGAUAGAUUUUUUUUUUACAAACUUUUAAAAAACUUAACAUUUUCUUUACAUUUUUUUGAAUACAUCGUGAAAUGUGUGAUUUAAAAUUAUAAGUAGUUUUUUUCACAAGGUUUUGAGAAACUUGAAGUUGUGUGACAUUCAUUUUCCCCCUUUUAAAUAUGUCAUGAUGAAAUUUAACAUUUGACCACAAGUGUACAAAGAAGUGUACUGCUUAGACUGGACCUCAUUUGUUCCAUAACAAGCACAAGGCUGAGGAAAGUAUUGUAGGGUUUGAUAUAAGGUCCUUCACAAAUAACCUAAUUGUGAAUUUUUUCCACCCUAAAAUAUUUACUAUAGAUAUUUUAGUCAGGUAAAGAAAAUUUACAAUUAAUUUACUACCUAGUUUAAACAAAGUUUUGCUCAUUUGAUGCAUUACAGGAAAUGUUUUAAGAUGUUUCUUUGCAGUUUAAUGCAUCCUGCAAGUGUUGGGUACUGUAGAAUGAGGAGGGGGUUAAAAUUACUCACUACAUAUAGUAGACUCGUGUCUGUGUAUGAAAUUAUUAUUUCAUUUUUGGUAACUAACUACCUAGAAGAGCAAAAAAAUAGAAUAUUUUUUAUUUGUUUUUAGAAUGAAUAUUUUUUUUAAAUAUGUGUUAAACACAAAUCAGUAACAAAGAAAAACUUGUAUUUAUUUUUAUGUGGUUAGGAUUUAAAGAUGGACAGCUAGAAAUUUGUUAAACUGUUCAUAUAAUUAUACCUCACUGUUUAGUUGAUCGUAAAUCUUUAAUUAAAGCUUUUACAUUAAUUUGUUUUAGUUAAAAGAAAACUUUGCUUUAAAGUAUUACAAAUAUAUUUCUUGUGAUACUGAAAAAUAAUUUAAUAAAGAAGUAUUCAUACAGCCGUGGGUUUUCUCAACCCCAAUGACUUGCUUUUGAAUGAUUUCUACUUCUUAUGUCAUUUUGGUAUACCUUAAUGUCAGUUGUGUUCUUUUCAGUAUGCAGAAUAUGACCCCUCUUAUGUUUAUAAGAAAGGUAAAAAAAAAUAAGUUUCUGUAUUUGUGUAUCUACAUUAUUUUGAAAUAUUGUUAGACCAACUUUUUUUAGUUUUACUUUUGAAAACACUGUUUGUCUGAAAAGAUGAAUUUAUACAGUAAAAGGAGACGUGUGGUAAACAAUUACAAGAUUGAACUUCAUAACCAAAGCAUAUAUUUUUUAUUUCUCACCUUUCCUUGUUAUUGAUAGUUGAGAUUUCAGUCCACUGAGGUUUCCGUGGGCUCUUGAACUCCUGAAAAAUAUCUUAAUUUCAUUUUCAGUAAAAAAAUCCCAAUCUUCAAGCUUAAUUUAAAAAAAAAAGGUUAUCUAUUGGUAUUGGGUUUGUUCCUAUUUUGUAUCGGCCAUUGUGAAUCUCGUGCCUUAUGAGACAGCAGGCAUAUCUCAUAAACAAUAAUUCAAGUUUAGGCACUAAGAGUACUGGAAAUUUGAGUAGAGAUCAUGGAAAUAGUGGCUUUUUUUCGUGAAAUCUAAACAAUCUUAGAUAAAGUUAAAUGUUUCUUUUAUGGUGUAAACUAGUAAAAUAGUUUUCUUGUUAAAAAAUAUGCUUUGUUUAUUGGCUGUAUUAAACUGGAACAUAAGAGUUCAUUGUUUGUUAAUUCAGGUUUUAAAUGCCAGUAAGUAACUCACUACCUUAUAAGCUUAGUUAAGUCGACUCUUAGGGAAAGGCAAACUUCAGCACUUUUGAGAAGUUUUGUAUUCUUACAUUCGUGUUGUAUUUAAAAUGUGUAGGAUCACGCUAAGAAUAAAAACUACGAAGUAUUAGAAGUUACCGACAUUAUGAUGUCUUAGAAAGCAUAGCUUACAAUAUUUUUUGCUAGAUUAACCGUGUUAGAACAAACUGUGUUGAGUGAAAAAUGAGUAUUUGAUAAAACAGGUGGCAUCAGUUCUUAUGUUGUACCUAAUAUGAAUUCUGUAACAGAUUUCUAUAAACCUAUUGCUUCAUAGAAUAUUAUUUUUGUAAAGUUACCACGAGGUUGACAAAGGUUUUCAUACCGUUUUCCUUAUGUUUCUUGAUGGGUAUUUUUGUAACAACACUUCGAAUAUGUAGGAUCAUCAAAGGGAGGAUUGUUAUAUGUUGGUUUGUUGUUUGACAUUAGAGAUGUUUAGGACUGGUUUAAAUUUGGUUGAAAGGAUUCUGUUUUUAUUGAGAAUUUGAAGAUCCAGUGGUUGUGAUUUACUAUUAAACACAUAAACUGUUAGUAGCUUUAAAUUUUACAUAUUUGAAUUAUAAUUAUCUUAUAUAAUACCACUGAUUUUCAGAAUUGUGACAAUGAAUUUCUUGAAAUACUGGAAGUUACUGUAUAAAUUGAAUCGAGGAUGUCAUAUUUCUGUACUGUUUAAAAUUGUCUAAUGUUGUGUUAUUGAACCCAGUUAAUUUUUUAUGACACCAAUAACAGUAAUAUGUCUUCAGUAAUACUUGAAACUAUGUAUACGUUUUUCUAAAAUUUUUUUUUACUCGGAAUACAGUGUGAUUUUACCUUGUUCUAGUAUUAGACUUGAGUCUUGGUUGCAGAGAAAGGUGAUACUCUUGUCCCAAAUGUGCUGUGGAAUUUCUCAAGCUUCCAGUCAGACAAGUGACCAUAAAAGCUAGAUAUUAAAUGAUUCCACAUUUGAACUUUUUAUGUUUAAACAGGUAUUUUGGAGUUCUUUGUAUUAAACAUUAAUUUAAAAUGAGCACUGUAUAACUCUUAAGAACAAGGUGACUCUAUCUGUUGAGGACCCCUCCAGUGGCUGAGUGGUAAGACUGAAGGCUUUUAAUGCUAAAAAUUGGGUUUCUAUACUCGUGGUGGGCACAGCAUAGGUAGCCCAUUGUGCAGCUUUAUGCUUAACAACAAAUAAACAAGUGUCUGUUGAGGUAUAAAAGUUAUUUACUAUUUUAAAAUACUUUUGUUAAUUAAUUUUUUUGGGGGGAGGCUUUUAACAUACCAGACUUCACUUAGACACUUGUAAAAGACUAUUGGACUGCUUAACUAUAUCUGAAAUAUCAAUUUUUAAGACAAGUGUAUGAUUAAAUAAAAAGGAAUUUCUUAUUUGUGUUGAAUACUUACUUAACAAUGCAAGUACUACCAUGA